AUGCAAACUCAGGAAAAGGAUAAUUGGCUAGAAGCUAUGUCAGCCGAGAUGGCUGCUCAUCAAACCAAUCAAACCUGGAUUGAAGUCCCACGGCCAACCAAUAAGCAAAUUCUUACUUGUCGCUGGGUAUUUUCGAAGAAACCAGGAAACAAGUUUAAGGCUCGCUUGGUGGCGCAUGGGCACCAGCAGCUGAAAAACCAGGAGUUUAAAGAAACUUUUUCACCUGUAAUAAGAACUGAGUCUAUAAAAAUUUUGCUUGCUGUUUCCGCACUUACCAACAAAAUCGUCCAUGCGAUGGACGUCAAUAAUGCCUUUUUGAAUGGCAUUUUGGAUUCCGAGGUCUUUAUGACUCAAGCUCCAGGCUUCGAGUCAGAAAACAACACCGUAUACAAGUUGGUAAAGUCUAUUUACGGACUUCGUGAAGCACCAGCAGUGUGGAACCGUGUGUUAUCUGAUGUAUUAGUUAAAGAUGGUUUUAAGAGAGUUGAAUCAGAGAUAAGCUUAUAUUUGAAAAAAGGAAUUAUGGUUGGUGUUUAUGUUGAUGAUAUUCUAAUUUCAGCAGAAACAGAGGGAGAGAUUGAUAAGGUUAAACUGCUCCUAAAGAGUAAUUUCCGUAUGAAAGAUAUGAAGGGUAUAACCAAGUUCAUUGGAAUGAAUAUCAAACAAUCUCCAUUGGGAAUCGAAAUCUCACUUAGUGAUUAUAUUGAGAAGAUGUUGGAGGAUUUUGGAAUGACUGAAUGCAAUACCGUGAGAACACCUACUAUGAGUGGUUUAGACUUAGAGACUAUCGAUGCUGAACCAAAACUAUGCGAUGCUACUGAAUAUAGGUCGCUUGUCGGGAAGUUGAUUUUCUCCGCCAAUGUGUGUCGUUUUGACACAGCUUACAUAACUGGUGUGUUAGCUCGUCAUUUCCAUGCACCUGAAGAACGACACUACAAAGCUGCUAAACAUGUGCUUAGAUAUUUAAAAGGCACGAAGGAUUUUGCGUUAAGUUAUAAUAACCAUGAGGGUAUACAAGUAUUUUGUGAUGCAGAUUGGGCAUCUACUUCAAGAGAUAGAAAGUCUUUAACUGGGUAUUUGGUCAAACUUGGAGGUUCGGCUAUCAGCUGGUCUUCAAAAAAGCAGCACUCCGUCUCUUUGAGUACAACAGAGAGUGAAUUCUAUGCUAUGUGCUCAGUUGCUAAAGAAAUUGUAUGGAUUCUACUGGUUUUGGAUCCGAUGGACCUAGCUAUUGAGUUACCAAUCACUGUAUACAGUGAUAAUCAGUCCGCAAUUAGUUUAGCGAGUCAUCCUACGUUACAUGCACGGACUAAACAUAUUAGUAUCCGUUGCCAUUAUAUCAGAGAUUUAAUUGCGAGUGGGAUAAUCGUGUUCCGUCAUAUAUCUACUGUUGAAAUGCAGGCGGAUUUAUUGACCAAGGGGUUGGAACAUGUUAAGUUUACAAGAUUACUAAACAAGUGUGGUUUAAAGAAGAGUAGCUUGCAUUAA